AUGGAUCGCGCGCGCCGGUAUUUUAUCCCUAUCAUCACUUCUUGGGCCGUGCAAGACGUGGUUCAAGGAAUGAUCAUGACGCCUGGCGAUGUUGAAGAUGAUGAUCCGAACAGCAGUGCGGGCGUGUUCGAACUUCCACGAAACGUGGCGUACGACCAACUCGCAUCCGCCACCCGUAGUCUGGGGACUAGCCUGAGCGGAAGUUACCCUCCUGUGACAGCUGUUACCCGCAGAGCGAACGGUACACCCCGCAUGCAGCGGCAGCGCUGGAGAACUGUCUAUGGGACUGUUGGCAUUCCUUUAAACAAUGUUUCGAAUGCGAGGCAUGUCAGUAUUGUUUUGCGCGACUGUUCCGCAGCACUCAUGCUGCUGACUCAGGCUGAGUAUCGGCAUAGAGAUAUCAGUCUCUACAAUAUGUACCUAGUGGAAGAGAAAGUCAAGGAGCCAUCUGGAGCGCUAAGUGACCUCGAGUAUGCGGCCGAUUGGAACUCCCGCACUGCGUUGCACACGAUACGAACUGGUACCCCGAUCUUCAUGGCGGCAGAAAAGCUUCUCGGUCGGUGGUUGUACCUCCCCGACAAUGACGAUGACGAUGAAAGUGGAACAGAUGAGCUCUCCGAUCCCUUCACCCGGGCACGCACAAUAUUUGUUCCACCAUCGGCAGACCAGGCACCUCAGGUGAACAUGCCAAAGCCCAAGUCUUGGGUCACCCCUCUGCAUGAUGCUGAAGACUUGUAUUGGGUGGCCGUAUAUAAGCUCUUCUAUAGCGUGCCUGCCGCUAAUCCGGUGCCGGCCCCACGACAGGUUGAGAUCCGGAAUCUCUUGUUCGGGUUUGGACCUGACACGACCAUCAAUCGGAAAGACUUUAUCAGCCGUGGUCGGCUGUCGGAUCCCUGGAAGCCAGAAGCAACUGACGAGGAAAUGGUGCCCGCCGCAUUCUUGCCCUGGUGGUUGUCGUUAAAGGGCGUCGGGAAAGCCAUCAAGAAGGCCCACUAUCCUUAUCAGGCGAGUUGGAGUAACGAUGUCUUUUACCCCAAUCUACAGCGAACCUUUCUCAUUUACACCAAACUAGUGGAUGCCAUGCCAACGGAUCUAGAAAUUGCGGUUUAUCCUGACCCUAAGGAGGACGCGGCACGGAUAAACAAAUCGAUACCAUAG